GCAAUGAGUAGGUUUGAAGCCAAUGACCCCACAUGUAUGAGGCCUGUUCUCAGCAGAGCUCCCAUUCAGAGUGUACCCAUGUUGAGCUUUUCAAGUCUUUGCUGUCUUUUACCAGAUGGGUCUUGCAUGCUGUAGAAUUGCAGACAUUAUUUUAUGCCUGUAGAACCUCACUCACUGCCCUUUUUUUUUGCUGUUUUUUCUCUGGUGGGUAUGACCGUAUGAGUGGUUUUGGUCUCUUGUGUGCCUUCAAGGGUUGAUUUUUGGAAUCUUGUGUGGGUAACAACAACUAUUUGGUGGUUUUUUGGGGCUCAAAUUUGGAGGGGUUGACCUAAAUUGGUGUCUGAUUGGGUUUUUUUUUUUCUUCUGGGGUGGGAGUUGGGUUUCUUUUGAAGUGGGUAUAUGCCCUGUUGGAGUGGUUUUAGGGUUCUUCUUUUUUCCGGGUUUGGAACCAGGUUUGUGCAGGAUUGACUGGGUGUUUGUAGAUUUAGGACAGCUUCAGCGUAAGAUUAAGUGGGUUAGUGGAAUUUUGGGUUUGUUUUGGGCAGAAAUACUCUGAAGAAGCUACAUUCUAGUGCUGUUUCAAGACUGGGUUUGAGAAUUUUGUUUUGUUGUGGUGCACAAGAGCACAAGCCGGCGGUUUUCUGUUUCUGAUUAUGAAAAUACCCUGGUUGGGGCCACUUAUCACUGAGUUUCCCUAAAUUAAAGGGUUUGUUUUCUGUGAAUUUGAGAGGUUUUCAGUGAAAGAUAGGGUUUAGGCAAAGGCAAAUUGCUCUGGAUCCUAUUUAGCUUAGCUCUUUUGUUGGAAUUCUACCUUUCUUGAAUUGUGAUAUGGCUUGUAUGAAGUUGGGAUCCAAAAGUGAUGCAUUCCAAAGGCAAGGGCAGGCCUGGUUCUGCACAACUGGCCUUCCAAGUGAUAUUGUCGUCGAAGUUGGGGAGAUGUCCUUCCAUUUACACAAGUUUCCUUUGCUCUCCAGAAGUGGAGUUAUGGAAAGACUGAUAGCAAAGGCAUCCGAAGAAGGAGAAGAGGGCUGUUCCAUAAACCUCCCAGACAUCCCGGGUGGGGCCAAAACAUUUGAACUGGUGGCCAAGUUCUGCUAUGGGGUGAAGCUUGAACUUACUGCUUCAAAUGUUGUGUACCUCCGGUGUGCAGCUGAGCAUCUUGAAAUGACUGAGGAAUAUGCCGAGGGCAAUCUAAUUAUGCAGACUGAAGUUUUUCUUAAUCAAAUUGUCCUCAAAAAUUGGAAAGACUCCCUAAAGGCACUUCAAUCCUGUGACGAUGUUCUCCCCCAUGCUGAAGAACUCCACAUUCCCAAAAGGUGCAUUGAGUCACUAGCUGCAAAGGCUUGUACUGACCCAAAUCUAUUUGGAUGGCCUGUCAUGGAACAUGGUGGGCCCAUGCAGAGCCCUGGUGGGAGUGUCCUGUGGAAUGGGAUAAGCACCGGAGCUAGACCAAAAAAUUCAAGUUCUGAUUGGUGGUACGAGGAUGUAUCAACUUUAAGUUUAUCUCUUUAUAAAAGGCUGGUUUCGGUCAUGGAAUCUCGUGGCAUCAAACAGGAGAUUAUUGCUGGUUCACUCACUUUUUAUGCAAAGAAGUACCUGCCUGGGCUCAAUCGGCGUCAGGUAGCCAGUGAGUCUAGCACGCGUCUGGAGCCAGUGGCUCUGGGGGUACCCCCAUCUGAAGAAGACCAGAAGCUUUUACUUGAAGAGAUUGAUAGGUUGCUUCCGAUGCAGAAGGGUGCCAUAUCAACCAAGGUCUUGUUUGGUCUUCUACGAACAGCCAUGAUUCUUCGAGCCAGCCCCUCUUGCAUAUCUAACUUAGAAAGAAGGAUAGGGAUGCAGCUUGAUCAAGCGACUCUAGAAGAUCUCCUGAUGCCCAACUUCUCUUAUUCCAUGGAGACUCUUUACAAUGUUGAGUGUGUGCAGCGGAUUUUAGAGCACUUCCUUGCCAUGGAUCAGGCAACUGGUGGAGCCUCUCCAUGUUCAAUAGAUGAUGGCCAGUUGAUGGGGUCACCUUCAUUGACACCAAUUACAAUGGUGGCCAAGCUGAUUGAUGGCUACCUUGCUGAGGUUGCUCCUGAUGUUAAUCUGAAGUUACCCAAAUUUCAGUCUCUUGCUGCUUCUAUUCCCGACUAUGCUAGGCCCUUAGAUGAUGGUCUUUACCGUGCAAUUGACAUUUAUUUGAAGUCACACCCAUGGUUGUCGGAGUCUGAUAGAGAACAACUUUGCAGACUUAUGGACUGCCAGAAGCUCUCAUUGGAAGCUUGCACACAUGCUGCCCAGAAUGAGAGGCUUCCCCUAAGAAUAAUUGUUCAAGUCCUAUUCUUCGAGCAGCUCCAACUUAGGACUUCUAUUGCUGGAUGCUUUCUGGUUUCAGACAAUCUUGAAGGGUCAAGACAGUUAAGAAGUGGGUUUGCUGGGUCCAAUGAAGGAGGCUGGGCCACAGCUGUGAGGGAGAACCAGGUUUUAAAGGUAGGAAUGGAUAGCAUGAGGUUGCGGGUCUCUGAGCUUGAGAAGGAGUGCUCGAACAUGAGGCAAGAGAUUGAGAAGCUGGGUCGUGUGAAGGGGUCUAGUGCAUGGGGUAAUGUGUCCAAGAAGUUCGGGUUUAAGCUAAAGUCCCAGAUGUGCAGUGCUCAGGAGGGAUCCAUUAGCCAACAGAACAAUGGAAGUGGGAAGCUCGAGAAGGCAAAAGAUGGAAAGCAUAAGAAGAACUCUUCAAAAGAAGAGUAAGACCCCUGCUGCAUUUUGCCCCAUUUGGUUCUUUGAAAUAUUUUCAAGUCAUUAUUGUUUGUAUUUGUACUUUGAUUUUUUUUCCUUUUUUCUUUUUUUACUUGAGAAACUCAGAACUCCAUCUCCUUGUUUAUCUGGUGUCUCAUACUUGUCCAGUUGUCUUUUCCUUUUCCUGUUUUAAUCAUCUCAAAUAUAUAAUGGAGAUGGACAGAAUCAAUUGUCAUUUCUGUUCCUGUAACAGUACCAAGAGGACUCUCUUGUAAAAGUAUCAAAAGACUCCCUCAUCUCUCUCUCUCUCUCAAUUUCUUGAAUGUGAACCUUUGGCUUAUAUAUUCAUAUGGCAGUAGAGCAUCAUUGUUGAA